AUGGCGUUAUUGUCUCGAACUUCGAGUCCUCUGACAGUUCAUCUUUUAGUGCUUCUUCUUUGCAUGUCACUUUCAUUUCGCAAAGGUUCAAGUACUUCUUCUGAUCAUGAUCACAAGGUCGUACAGCAGAAACUUCAGCAAGCUGAUGAUGAUCAUGCCGGGAUUAAGUGCGGAUCGUGCCCUUGCGUCAAUCCCUGUGCACAGCAGCAGCAGCUUUCACCGCCGCCGCCGCCAUCUCCUCCGCCUCCACCGCCGCCUCCGAAGAAUUGCAAUCCGUCGCCUUUGACACCGCCGCCCCCGCGGUUUAUUUAUGUUACGGGAAUACCCGGAGUGUACCAGACGACUGAUCAAAAUUCUUGGCAAUAUUACUACUCCGGUGGUGGACGAAAUGUUGCGGUGGCGGCGAGUUCGAAGCUGAUCCUUGUUGUUCUUCAACUGAUUAUAUUGUUUGGGAGAUUAUGA